UCUAUGGUUCUCACUCUUAUUAAUCUCUCAUUCUUGUGUCAGUUUGGUUUAUUGUUUGUUAUUGAUGUAUUAUUUUGUUUGAGAAUGGAAGAUUUGUUUAUAUGAUAAUUUGAAUCGGCUUUAAAAAUUAUUAAUUAAAAUAAUCCACUCGAUGUUAACAUGAAGAUAACAAUAUUUCUAGACAGAAGACAGGUCUUUUAUAAUAGUUUCGAGGAAUGCAAACUUUAUGUUGAAAUUUCCUAACCUAAAUAAAUAAUGUUUAAAGAUAAAUCGAAUAACAUCUUUUUGUUGUUGUAUUUUCAUGAAAAAGUGAUGAAUUGAGAAACAAAUAUUUAUGUAUAGCAGAGAAUUUGACUAAAUCUUCGUUGACAAAUAAUGGAGUUUCCCAAAGACAAUGAAGUUAUUCCUGGUAGUAGUUUUCAAAAUGAAGAGGGUGUCAGAAGCUGUAGGUUUAAAAAAAGACAAAGUGAUCCAACUUGUUGUCCAGUUUGUAGUGUAACUAUAAGAGAAUCUGAAAUAAAUUUGCAUUUAAAUUCAGAAAUUGAUAAACUUAAUAAACUUCACAAUACAAAAUCCAGAAUUAAUACUAAAAAUAUACCAAGUUCAUCAAAUGGGCCAUCAAAAAGUUCUGACAAAAGCUGGGAAACUUUUCAAAAAGUUCGUUCAAACAGACAAAGUAGGCACAGAACAAGAACUAGGAAAAGAAAGCCUGAAGAAAUAUGCCCAGUGUGCAAUAAAGAGGUGAAUGAAGAUUUAACUUUACAUGUUGACUUGUGUCUUAGAAGAUCUGAAACUAAUGGUAGUGAAAGUGAUGAAAAUAUUGAUGUUGAAGCUUUUGAAGAAUAUGAGUGGGCAGGACAGUCUCGUAUUCGUGCAACAAGUUUGUUAGAAGGGGGUAUUUCUAACUUGGGAACUUCAGUGACUAUGGCAGAUGAGGAUGAAGAUUUAAAUGUUGAUGUGGAUGACGUUCCAAUGUAUGGCUCACCACAAUAUUCUGAAAAUGAUGUGAUAUUUCCUUGUGAAACUCCUGAAAAUGUAGCACUUCGUAAAGCUGUAACAGGCAUUGAACCAAAAAAAUGUUCACCAAAUAGAACUGACAUUGAAGUUGCUGAAACCAACGGAGAUCCUAUUUUAGAAGUAUUAAAAAAUAGAAUUAAGGAACUAGAGAGCAAGGAUUCUAAUAAAGAAGGAGUGUUCAAGUGUUUGAUUUGUAUGGAGCAAUAUCGAACACCAGUUAUUUCUGUAUGCUGCUGGCAUGUUCAUUGUGAAGAAUGUUGGUUAAAAACUUUAGGAGUGAAAAAAUUAUGUCCCCAAUGUAAUAUGAUUACAUCUCCUUCUGAUUUGAGAAAAAUCUAUAUAUAAAUAUAUCCAUUUCUUCAGUUAUCUUAUCUUGAUUUAUAGUAAAGGUUUUGUUUGUUAUUUUUUAUGUAAAAUAAAUAUUUUUUUACUGAACAAUCAAUUGUCUAAAAUAAAAACCACUAGGUAGAAAUAUGGUAAGUAAUUUUUUUCUUUUACACUGAUAAUUGAUUUGUAUUAUUUUUUCUUUGAUUUUUCAUUAUUCUAAUUAAACACUAUUAUAAGUAAUUUUAUAAUAGUAUUCAUUUUUAAAAUAUUGUGAACAGAAACACCAUAAUAGGUUAAAAAGCUGGUACGCAUUUUUUUUAUUUUAUAAUGAUAAUAAAUUUGAAAUAGCCAUUUGGUAAUUAACAUUUCACAUUAUUUGUUUGAUCAAUUUGACUUACCAAAUACUUAAUUAGAUUUCUAAAUCGCCCAGUACAGUAAUAUUUGUUAUAGCAUUAAUUCAAUAUAUUGUUAAAAUCUAUUUAUACCCACUUUAUUUUUCAUAAAAUCUUAUAAUUGAAGAUAAUUCAAUGUCUGCUCUUAUAUCUGGAAAUACAUAUCUAUUUUUGACAAUAAAUGUUUUCAAUAUAAAUCAUCCAGUUUUGAACCAUUUUUUCAUGGAUCUACUUGUCUUCCAUAGUAAGAAUAGAAUAAAACUUUCAUUGUACAAAUGAUGAUCAAUUUAAAUUUGAAUAGAGACAUUUUUGCAUAAUAUUUACUGACUGAUGUUACCCUUCCAUAACUAUUUUUAACAGAUGUAUAAUCUAUAACAUUUAUUUAUUGUAUGAUUUCAAAAAUGAUUGAGCUAAUGUAUUUGUUAUACAGAAACAAUAUUAAAUGAGAUAAACCACAUUACAGUUUUUAGAUUAAUAUUCAAUAUAACUGAACAGUGAAUAUUGUUCAUAUGAAGUGGAUUAAUAAAAAAUAUGAGAGUCGC